AUAGGUCUUUUAUAUUUGCGAUUUUGCCCUUCAAUUGACAUUACGCCCCUGGCUGUUCAAGUGUCGACUUCGACGUCGGUACAGCUAAUCAUUCUUACUUGGUGGAAACAAAAUCAUCAAUCAUGAGUAAAAUUGGAAUCAAUGGAUUUGGACGUAUCGGACGACUCGUCCUGAGGGCUUCCCUCGAACGUGGAGGACAGGUUGUGGCUAUCAAUGAUCCCUUCAUAGAUCUUAAUUACAUGGUGUACAUGGUCAAAUUUGACUCCACCCAUGGCAGAUUUAAGGGUGAAGUUAAAGCUGAAGGUGGUUGUUUAGUUGUGAAUGGCAACAAAAUUCAAGUCUUCUCCGCCAAAGAUCCCAAAGACAUCCCAUGGGCCAAGGCUGGUGCUGAGUAUAUCGUUGAAUCCACCGGUGUGUUUACCACUAUCGAGAAAGCCUCUGCUCACCUGGAGGGCGGAGCCAAGAAGGUCAUCAUCUCAGCCCCAUCAGCAGACGCUCCAAUGUUUGUUUGUGGUGUAAAUCUUGACGCCUACGAUCCAAGCCUCAAAGUUGUCUCCAAUGCUUCCUGCACGACUAACUGCCUAGCCCCAUUGGCCAAGGUCAUUCACGAUAACUUUGAAAUUGUUGAGGGUCUGAUGACAACUGUUCAUGCCACAACUGCAACCCAGAAAACCGUUGACGGGCCAUCGGGCAAGUUGUGGCGUGAUGGACGUGGCGCAGCCCAAAACAUCAUUCCAGCUGCAACGGGUGCUGCUAAGGCUGUUGGCAAAGUUAUUCCAUCAUUAAAUGGAAAACUUACUGGUAUGGCAUUCCGUGUGCCAGUUGCUAAUGUCUCCGUGGUCGAUCUUACCUGUCGUCUUGGCAAGCCAGCUACCUAUGAUGCUAUCAAGGCCAAAGUCAAGGAAGCAGCUGAAGGACCGCUGAAGGGCAUUCUCGGAUAUACCGAGGAGGACGUUGUCUCCUCUGAUUUUAUCGGGGAUACUCACUCCAGUAUCUUUGAUGCUCAAGCUGGAAUUCCAUUGAGUGACCAAUUCGUUAAACUCGUCUCAUGGUACGACAAUGAGUUCGGCUACUCGAGCCGUGUCAUUGAUCUCAUCAAGUUCAUGCAGACCAAGGAUCAGUAAACGAGAAACAUUUAAAAAUAAAAAAAAAUAUUUUUUUUUGUUUCGUUACAAAAAAAUAUUGAGAUGAUUCAUGGUCAAUACGUACUAUCAUUUUGGCUAGUGUAGUGUUGUCAGCCCAAAAACAAAAACUAAUAAAACAUGAGGAAGAAUUUUUUCUCAAAUUUAUCGGAUCUAAGGGCUCAUAUUGUUACUGAUGAAACAUAGAAAAAAUAUAGUUGCAAACAAUAUCAUUUCAGAGUCUAAUAUGAGACCAUCAGAGCACCAAGCUAAAGUCUAGAGAUAAUUUUUCUUUCACUGUUCAUUUCGAUGAUUAGAAUAUUUUUAAAGUCACUUAAACAACCGACAACACUUGCAACUUUAUAUUCGUUGACAAUAAUGAUACGAUAUCAAUGUUCACCAGUUUUUUCAUUCAUUUGAAUUAUCAUAAGAAUACUGAAAUUAAUAAAUAAUGUGAUGCCCCCGAAAA